GAAAAGACAGAAAUAAUGCGAGAACAUUUUUAGGAGUCACUGACAACGUAUCUGGAAUGGAAACUGAAUGAGCAAGUGGGGAUUGUGAACAAAACACGAGCCGGAGAGAUUGAAGCGAUUCGGCCAAGAGAUUUGACCGCUGAGGGACGCGAUGAGCCACGAAUGCUACGAUCUUUGGAGACUAUGCAAUCCUGCCCAGAACGAUUUGUAUCCAUUUUCUAUACUAUCGAUGAGACUUUCGGACAGGAUACCAUGACCAACGUCUUGAAACUCGUCAGUUUUCUUCUCUUUGCUAUCGUUUUCCGAAAAUUCGCCUAUUCUGUAACCAGUAUAGCCGACUGGCAGCAAGCACUCGUAGAUUCUACUGGCAAUUAUUACGCAGCUAAUCAGUUCGUUGCAGGACAAAUGCUAUCGGAAUGGUUCACGCGGAAAACUCGUCCAAUUCUGCAUUUGCAAGUGAAGUCACUAGCGCUUCAGUUUGAGCAAUUAACCGAUGAGCUUUGGACAGUCCCUGUCGAAGUAGCCGGUUCAUCUGGAAUACAACUGGUCGCAGUCACGGACAAAAUCGUUACACUACCGUACUCCUCGCUUGACUACGUUAUUGCUGAUCCUCGACGGAAGUCUGGCGCUAUGAUUGUACAAGAUGUGGGUUGA